UGCUAACAGACGCUUUCCCCUUCCGCAUUGUUUGUUUUCAAACCAGCUGGUAGGGAAAUUCCCACGAACUGCGCUCUGAUUGGUCAACACUAUUCCUCUAGAUCAACAUGGCAGCGCCCACCAGCACAUCGGCGACGAUCACGAGUGCGAAUGAAACCCGAAAUUGUGCCUCAAAUGCUGAAAAGGAAGUAGACAUUUAUCGUGACACUCCCAUUAGGUAUCUUGGAUAUGCAAAUGAAGUUGGAGAGUCAUUCCGGGCAUUGAUCCCAAAAUCUGCUGUGUGGGCCACAUAUGGGAUCGCCAGUGCAUAUGUGCUUGCUGAUGCCAGACACAAAGGGCAAGUAGCUGCUAAGUUGAACUGGCCUGAUGACUCCACCAAGAAGCAGAAAGUCAUGCAUGCCGUGGGUGAUACCAUUGUGUGGCAGGGGUUGGCAUCUGUCAUGAUACCAGGGUUCACCAUCAAUAGAAUAUGCAAGCUUUCUCUCUUCACCCUCAGCAGAGUGUCCAGUCUUCCAGAGCCAGUCAGGAAAUGGACGACAACAGCGAUAGGGCUAGCAGUCAUCCCAUUCAUUGUCAAACCGAUAGACAAGAGUGUUGAUUACAUGAUGAACAACUCAGUGAGAAGAUGGUACCACAUAGAACCACCUGAAGAGGAACUAGUCCAUCACAGGAGAUAGCAGAAAAUGUAAUUACCAUGGCAACUGAUAUUUGUAUAGAAAUAUCCUUGAGCACCAGGGUCAGUAUUCAUUUCGUUACCCAAUAAAAAGCAAGUCAAGUUGACAGAAGGGCUUGUGGGAGGCCGGACCUUCUGUUGUUGGAGAGUGAAAAUAGUUUUCAUGUUACUGUAGUGAAAACAAUGGUGAAAAUCAUCACCGCUAAGAAAAGAUUGCUUUUUAGUUGUCCUAAAAUAAUAAAAGAUACAACAAAUAACAGCUGAAAUGUUCAGCUUAGAGGACAGUGGAGUUGUUCUCCAGAAAAGGUCACAAUUCAUGAAAUCACACACCAUAUGAGGUUUGAUUUUUUGGAUCACCUAAUGCCAAUUUUUAUUAUUAUUAUCUGCCUAAACAAAUUUCAAUUAGUUCGUUGUUCAUAAAUUGUCGUGAUCCAUGAAUGUUGAAUUAAAAGGUUAAAACCUAGCAUGCAUGUACAAUAAAAUGUGGGCUAUAAUUCUUGUUUAGUGUUGCCUUAAAUCAGGGUUAACUUCUGAAAAGACUUAAUUUAGAAUGCAACUCAGGGAGAAUCCUGCCUUGGUCAUAAAAUAUUGUGUUGGGAAGGAAAAAAAUGAAUAACACAGAAUGGUGAAAGUUCGAAAGAAGUCGAACAAGCAAUAAAAAAGGCCCUGCUUUAAAAUUGAGAUCCCUAAUUGUAGAUUUCCAAUUGGCCACUGGGUAAGUAUAUUAUGACAAGGGGCAAGGACAACUUUGCCAUAGGCCUUGUUCUUAAUUAUCAGGUUAUGACAUGCUGGCUCAGACCUGUCACCGUGGAUAAACCGCACCCCUGACCUUUGCUUCUAUCCAGCCGAGAAAAAGGUGCGGUUAAUAGACCGUUACUUACGGUAGUCUUUUCCUUUCACAUAUGGGGCCAAUUUGAAAUCUCCAUGGAUAUAGUGAUUACCAAUAUUUACAACUUAUAAAUUUCCAUAACAUUCUUAGUGUUUGUCCGAUAUUGUUUAGAUUUUCUCCUAUCAACUUUUUUGAAUUUUCUUUUUCUUUUAAAACAAGUUUUUAUUUGGGUUGGAUUCCCUUUUAAUGUUGAAGGUACUGUUAGUACUCUAAUUCUAGCGUUUGUUUUACUAAAAGGCAGCAUAAGCUUUGUAACAUCAGUGGUUAAUGACAUCUCCCUUGGGGCAGAAUAGACCAUUGAUAAACCGCUCUGAACUAAAUGUGCUUCCUAUCGCUACUGGUUAUUGGAAGAGAGUAAAAUUCUGUAGAAAUUAUAGCGAAUGAAGAUUUCAGAAUAUAACACAAAGGUUUGCAAUUAAUCAUACACUUGAUUUUCAUGUUUAAUUGAUUUCCAAGAUUUCAGAAUAUAACACAAAGGUUUGCAAUUAAUCAUACACUUGAUUUUCAUGUUUAAUUGUACAUCGUAGUUAUAAUACAAUCAAUCAAAAAUAGUAAAAAAAAUAAUAAUUAUAAAAAAUCUAUGACGAUUGCUUAGCUUUUCGUUAUGAGUGUUUGGUUGAAGAUAGAGAAAUCGUGUAUUUUAAGUGUUUUGCUCUCACAAUUGUUUGCUUUACUGCAUCUGCUAAAGAGAAGCAUUUCGGGGGAAAAUGCCUUGGGGGUAAAAUCCUGGUAUGAGAGUAGCUUUUCUGGAAAAGGAUCUAUAAUGGUUUAUCCUUGAAGUCAGGAAGAUAUUUGUUGUUAAGAGUGCCAUUGCUACUUAAGGUUGGCAAAGUUAAAGGAAUGUUCGUAUGAAAUUUAGGCAGAGUGUUGUAAGAAGAUUUUAUGUUUUUAUUUUUAAUUUAUAAUACACUUUGGAUGAAAAGUUUGUUUCAUAUUCAACUAUGGUUCGCAAUUACUUACCAGUACAUGAACUACCACUGUGAAUUGUGGUAGUGGUACUUGUGUGUGCAUUCUUAGCCUUUGAUUUAUUUAUAAGUCAGCAUGUGCAAUGAAGACAAACCAACAAAAGUGUAUUUGAAGUUUUGAACUAUUGUAUAACUGAAUGAUUAAAUUCAUA